AUGAGUGUUCACAAUGAAGUUUCCAUUCGCGCAGCAUACACCUUUAAUCCCGUUAUCAAGGAAUAUACAAAAUACGCCGAUUACAUUAGACAGAAUCCUCAAUUUGUGCAGGUACGUGUACCACCUUCGGGUUAUUCCACCGGAAGGUCGGAAAUCGCGGGAUCAUUUUUCCCUGAUUGGGGGUAUGAUUGUCAAAAUAAUAACGAUGCUUCGGAAGACGCACACUGGCCCCCCUUCUUUAAGGCUGCCACCGAAUAUAUUCGUGAUAAAUUUGAUAGCGGUGAAUGGGAUAGGAAUGAUAAGCACGCUCAGGGUGUAAUCUCGUUCCUCUACGCGAUAGUGUCACACGGUUCCGCCGACGUGUCGUGGCAUAGCUUAGGGAUGCACACCGGAUUCAUUACUGUAAUGUCCGAGGUGAAUUUCAAUCAAGAUUGGAACGCUGCCCAUUCUGCAGCAGACGCGGGUGGCGAAUUCACUCUUUCGCACAUGGUCAAUCUGGAUCAUUUAGAAGACAAAUGGCAGGUGCCGGUGGAUGAUGUGAUUGAGAUAUAUAAGCGCAUUAACAGAACUGUGCAGCGAAUUCACAUUGAUUACUGUGUUAAACGAGCGUUUGCAGCCAUUCAAGCAAAUAAAAGAUUUGGAAAAAUCUUUUUUGGUGCAUACGGUGAAAAGUCACCGUUUUUGAUCGAAAAAUUGGAAGAGUAUCAUCGUGGAGGUUUAAACAGUAUGGGUGCUGAGACUCACGAUUGUUGGAAUGGCCUCUCAAACUGGCUAGAAAACGGACCGCCUGUUGACGUCCUAGGAAUCUGUGAUACAUUUCAUCCGUCGAUUGAAAGUCCAAUGAGAAAUUGUCCACUGUUAGACACAGAUCUUGAUCGGUUUUUUCACACCUAUGCCACGGAACUGUUAGCAUCCAACGGAUUCGUCAUCAAUUUUCACUCGGAUUUGCAUGGUGUGACGCAUUAUGAGAUUCAUAGACAAAUGAGCGAAAGGACUCUUGGCUUCGAAGAGAUAUCAAAAGAGUCAACCCCAGGUGACAUCAAAUUCGAUCAAAUAUUCCAAGAUGUCAUUCCGGAUAGCUCACAAGGUUUUUCGGGAAAAAGAUCAUCAACGCAAGAUAAUAUCAACUUAAAUAUGAGAUUAGCACCUAAAUGUCGACAGGUACCGAACAAUGAAGAUUCUGUAGUGACCUUAGAUUUACCAUACGAUUAUGCCUCGUUUGGUCAUGACAUGGUCGUAGGAGAUUUCGAUGGUGAUGGAAUUCAAGAUUUAGCAAUCAGUGCACCAUUUUACAGCAGAAUUCUUAGUGUCCCACAAACCGGUGCCGUGUUUUUAUUCUAUGGAGGUAGAAGAAAAGGCAAAUCACAACCUCAACCGCCUUUUAACACCACCAACAUCCUACAACUCGCAGAUCAGGUAAUAUUUGAGCCUGAAUCCGUCAAACAAUCCCGGUUUGGCUGGUCGCUUGCAGUGGUCGACCUAAAUGCCGACGGUGUCGACGAUCUGGCUAUCAGUGCGCCGUCAUAUGGGGCCCCGCUAGGUCCGUACACUGGGAAAGUGUACGUGUAUUUUGGACGUGCAAACUUAACAGAACCAGUGUUCGAUGCUAAAAAAGAAAUGAAUAAAUUAUUUUCCGUUGCAAUGUUAUUUCGAAAUCCGUUGUUUGGGAGUAUCAUUUCCAAUGAUGAUCAGGAAGAAAAGUUUGGAUUGCCGAAUCUCCCAGAUUUAAGGAUUAAAUCACACAAAAUGAAUAGUAGCGAAUGGCAUGUGGAUUCAUUUGGACACGUGCUAACGUCAGGCGAUGUAGACGGUGAUGGAUAUCAAGACUUAUUGAUAGGAUGUCAGUACUGUGGUCAUUACGAUGUAUUGAGAAACCCACGUUUGCUUCAAAGUGGGGGGGUAUUUGCAUUCCACAGUAGUAGCCUACACCACGGAAACAUCACAGUAUUUGAAGCCGAUUGGUCAUUAGACAGUCCUGGUGAUCAAAAUUACGAGUGGUUUGGUGCCGCGGUUGAAGUACACACAGGAAAUAAUGGAAGGCCAAUAGUGCUUGUCGGGGCACCAGGACAUAAGGAUGAAAAGACACAAUCAGUUGGAAGAGUUUAUGGUUUUGAGGUGGCGGGAGACGGUAAAGGCGGAAAAUGGAUGCUAAAUCUAAAAUUCGAUUUAAGCGGUACGGAGGAAUUCCAGGGAUUCGGGAGUAAGAUCAUCGCAGUCGAUUUUCUUGAAAAUGAAGAUAGAUAUUUUAUCGUCACUUCUCAAUCAGAGUUGCGAAUACAAAAAUUCCCACGUUACAAGAAAUGUUGGCAAGCUGGUGCUAUACGAGUUGUGGAUAUAAAUUACCUAGGAAAAGGUUCCCUAUUGUCUGACGAAACAAUGGCGAUAGGGCGUGGUGUGCUUUCGAUACUUAAGGGCACCGAGAAUGCGGCACACCUUGGUACUGCGUUAUAUUGGGAUAAUGAAGAGCAUGAUUUUUGGACUUCGGAACCAUUUUCUUUUUGGGAAUCAGGACAGGUGUUUCGAUAUCCAUUGAAAUCUCUCUUAUCAUCAAGCAAGGGCGACUCAAAAUAUAACGAUGAUGAUUUUGACGUAAGCCUUGAUUUGGCAGAAGAAUGUAUAGUAGGUCAAGAGAAACAAGCAAGGUUUGGCAAUAAAAUUUUGAAAUUUGAUUUUAACGGCGAUGGAAAGAAAGACGUGAUCAUUGCUUCAGAGCAUUCGAGUUCAGUGGCUAGGUUGGGUGGAAGUAUUACGAUUAUAUUGAGUUAA